GCCCUCGCUGGUCACUCGCACCCAUGGGCUUCGGAGCUCCACAUAUUGGCGCCAUUUUGGAGCUAGGAGGGGGAAGAGAGCUGCAGAGGAGGACGCGACUGAUCCCGAUUCACCGUAACAGGCAGUGAAGAGCUAAAGAGGAUGGCUCACUCUAAAGCUCGAGCCGCAGAAGGGAAGGUGACCUACCCCCCGGGGGUCAAGGAGAUAUCUGACAAAAUCUCCAAGGAGGAAAUGGUCCGCAGGCUCAAGAUGGUUGUGAAGACCUUCAUGGACAUGGACCAGGACUCCGAGGAGGAGAAGGAGCUGUACCUGAACCUGGCCCUCCACCUGGCCUCGGACUUCUUCCUCAAACACCCAGACAAGGACGUCCGUCUACUGGUAGCCUGCUGUCUCGCGGACAUAUUCAGGAUUUACGCCCCGGAGGCUCCUUACACCUCUCCAGAAAAACUUAAGGACAUUUUCAUGUUCAUCACCAGACAGCUCAAAGGACUGGAGGACACCAAGAGCGCACAGUUCAACAGAUACUUCUACCUGCUCGAGAACAUAGCAUGGGUGAAGUCCUACAAUAUUUGCUUUGAGCUCGAAGACAGCAAUGAGAUAUUCACCCAGCUUUACAGGACACUCUUCCAGGUCAUCAACAAUGGCCACAACCAGAAGGUGCACAUGCACAUGGUGGACCUGAUGAGCUCCAUCAUCUGCGAGGGAGACACUGUGUCACAGGAGCUGUUGGACACAGUGUUGGUAAACCUGGUGCCAGCACACAAGAAUUUGAACAAACAAGCUUAUGACCUGGCCAAAGCUUUGCUGAAGAGGACUGCUCAGGCCAUUGAGCCUUACAUCACUAAUUUCUUCAACCAGGUGCUGAUGCUGGGAAAGACCUCGGUCAGUGAUCUGUCCGAGCAUGUGUUUGACCUCAUCUUGGAGCUUUACAACAUCGACAGCCACCUUCUGCUCUCUGUGCUGCCUCAGCUCGAGUUUAAACUCAAGAGUAAUGAUAAUGACGAGAGGCUGCAGGUGGUGAAGCUGCUGGCUAAGAUGUUUGGAGCCAAGGACUCUGAGCUGGCUGCGCAGAACAAACCACUCUGGCAGUGUUACCUGGGCAGGUUUAAUGACAUCCAUGUGCCUAUCAGACUGGAGUGUGUUAAGUUUGCCAGUCACUGUCUCAUGAACCACCCGGACCUGGCCAAGGACCUCACAGAAUACUUGAGGGUCAGAUCACAUGACCCAGAGGAGGCCAUUCGCCAUGAUGUCAUCGUCUCUAUAGUAACCGCGGCCAAGAAAGACUUGUCUCUAGUCAAUGAUGCCUUGCUCAAUUUUGUAAAGGAGAGGACCCUGGACAAAAGAUGGCGUGUACGUAAGGAAGCCAUGAUGGGUCUGGCAUCGAUCUACAGGAAGUACUCACUGCAGGGAGAAGGAGGCAGGGAGGCCUCUAAACAGAUCUCGUGGAUCAAAGACAAGCUUCUUCAUAUCUACUACCAGAACAGCAUUGAUGACAGGUUACUGGUGGAGCGCGUCUUCGCCCAGUACAUGGUUCCUCACAACCUGGAAACCUCAGAGAGGAUGAAGUGUCUUUAUUACCUGUAUGCCACCCUGGACACAAAUGCUGUCAAAGCUCUGAAUGAGAUGUGGAAGUGCCAGAAUCUGCUGAGACAUAACGUCAAAGACCUUCUGGACUUGGUUAAAAAGCCCAAGUCUGAAGCAUCCAGCAAAGCUGUAUUUGCCAAAGUCAUGGUGAUCACAAGGAACCUGCCGGACCCGGGUAAGGCCCAGGACUUUGUGAAGAAGCUGGCUCAGGUCCUGGAAGAUGACGAGCGGAUCAGAGAUCAGUUGGAAACCUUAGUCAGUCCCACCUGCUCCUGCAAGCAAGCGGAAGUUUGUGUGAGAGACAUCACUAAAAAGCUGGGCAGCCCCAAACAACCCAGCAAUCCCUUCCUGGAAAUGGUCAAGUUCCUGCUGGAGAGGAUUGCCCCUGUACACAUCGACACAGAAUCCAUCAGUGCUUUGGUAAAACAAGUGAACAAAUCGAUAGAUGGAACAGCGGAUGAUGAGGAAGAGGGCGUUCCCACUGAAGAGGCCAUCAGAGCAGGACUGGAACUGUUGAAGGUGCUGUCGUUCACACACCCGGUGUCGUUCCACUCCGCGGAGACGUUCGAGUCCCUGCUGGGAUGUCUGAAGAUGGACGACGAGAAGGUGGCCGAGGCCGCGCUGCAGAUCUUCAAGAACACCGGCAGCAAGUUGGAAGAGAGUUUCCCAAACAUCAAGUCUGUUUUACUGCCGGUACUGCAGGCCAAAGCCAAGAGGGGCCCCCCUCGCCAGGCGAAGUAUGCCAUCCACUGCAUCAACGCCAUGUUCACCAACAGAGACACACACUUCGCCCAAAUCUUUGAGCCUCUGCACAAAGGUCUGGACCCUGCAAACCUGGAGCAGCUCAUCACGCCUCUGACCACCCUGGGUCACCUCGCUCAGCUGGCCCCAGAGCAGUUUGCCGCGCCGCUUAAAUCUCUCGUUGCCAAUUUCAUCGUGAAGGAUCUGCUCAUGAACGACAGGAUUCCAGGCAAAAAGACGACCAAACUUUGGGUUCCUGAUGAUGAAGUAUCUACAGAGACUCUGGCCAAGAUCCAGGGAAUAAAGCUGAUGGUGAGGUGGCUGCUGGGAGUGAAGAACAACCAGAGCAAAUCAGGCAACUCCACCUUGAGGAUGUUGACUGCUAUUCUACACAGUGACGGGGACCUGACUGAGCAAGGCAGGAUGGGUAAACCAGACAUGUCGAGGCUGCGGCUGGCAGCGGCGUCCGCCCUGCUGAAGCUGGCACAGGAGCCCUGCUACCACGAAAUCAUCACACUGGAGCAAUAUCAGCUGUGUGCCCUCGUCAUCAAUGAUGAGUGCUACCAGGUGCGGCAGUGUUUUUCCCAGAAGCUCCAUCGUGGCCUGUGCCGCCUCCGGCUGCCUCUGGAAUACAUGGCCGUGUUCGCUCUGUGUGCGAAGGACCCCGUUAAAGAGAGGCGGGCUCAUGCUCGCCAGUGCCUGGUGAAAAACGUCAACAUUCGCCGAGAGUAUCUCAAGCAGCAUGCGGCACUCAGCGACAAGCUGUUCUCUCUGCUGCCGGAGUACGUGGUGCCCUACACCGUCCACCUGCUGGCACACGACCCCGACUACGUCAAAGUGCAAGACAUCGAGCAGCUCAAAGAAAUUAAAGAGGCUCUGUGGUUCGUGCUGGAGAUCAUCAUGGCCAAGAACGAGAACAACAGCCACGCCUUCAUUAGGAAAAUGGUAGAAAACAUCAAACUGACGAAAGACGCCCAGGCCUCCACCGAUCCCAAAACCAACGAGAAGCUCUACACAGUGUGUGACGUAGCCAUGAACAUUGUCAUGUCGAAGAGCACCACCUACAGCCUGGAGUCUCCGAAGGAUCCGGUGCUGCCCUCACGCUAUUUCACCAAACCCGACAAGAAUUUCAGCAACACAAAAAACUAUCUCCCACCCGAGAUGAAGUCACUCUUCACACCAGGAAAGCCCAAGUCUGCAAACGUUCUGGGGGCAGUUAACAAGCCGCUGGCGUCAGCAGGGAAACCGAUCCAGAGUAAAGCUUCUCGCAUGGAGACCGCCAGCAACGAGGACUCCUCGUCAAACCCCGGCUCCCCACAACGCAGCAAGACCAGACUCGAGAGCACAGAAAUGGAUCAAAGUGAAAACGAGGACUUCAGCCUAAAAAGAGCUGACAGCACCGACAAGGAUAUUGAAAAGCCCCGGGGCCGCAAGCGUGGCGUGGCGUCCAGCGAGGACCAGGACAGCAAACCAAAACGUGGGCGCAAGAAGGCGGUAGCCAACACGACCACGGCAGCCGAGACGGAGGAGCCGUGGGACGAGGACAAUCGGCCGGAGGACGAACAGAACAGCCCGCCGAAGAAAGGACGCAGGGGCCGGCCUCCGAAAUCCGCCGCUGCCAGUCAGGACACACCGGCAAAGGGGAAGAGGGGGCGAAAGAAGGCAGCUCCUCCACCAGAGGAGGAGGAGGAAGAGGAGGAGGAGGAGGAAGAGGACAAGGUCGACGAGGAAGCAGCAGCAGCAGAGGAGGAGGACGUUGAGGAGGAGGAGGACAAGAGCAGUGAAAAUGUGGAGGUGAAGACCAAAGUGGGAAGACCAACCAGGACGCCGCGGCGAUCACAAGGCUCGGAGUCCACAGAGUCGACGCCACAGAAGAGGAGAGGACGUCCGCCCAAAUCAGCUCAGCCGCCGGCCAAGAAACCAGCUCGUGGUGGUCGAUCAAAGGCAGCUGCUGCUAAAGAAGACUCUGAGGAAGAGGAUGAAGAAGAAGAGGAGGAGGAGCAGGAGGACGAGCCAACACCGAAGGGUCGCAAGAAGGCAGCGGGGCGAAGAAGAUGAGCUCAAAGAAGAAGACUCUGAGUCUACUCUAAAGUCGUGGACGAAUGACGUGGCAAAGAAAAAACAUGGACAUUGAACUUUUUAAACUUUUCAUACGCCGAUGCUCCCUACUGUUACACAAACUCCCACACUUGCAUAUACCACACGCACACAGCAUCAGUACAUCCAGUGUCAUCAGCUGUGGUUUGUUGCAUUGUGUCGCAUUGUGAAGAUGUCCGCCACGUUAGGUAUAAAUGGUUUUAACAGAAAAACGGCAAAAAAGAUCACGCUCUUGUAAAUAGUCUCUCGUGUCUGUUCCAUGUUCUGUUGUUGUGUUCGAUGCUGACUGGGGGGGGGAUGCUGCAAAGCCUUUACCCACCAAUAUCAUAAUUAUUAUAAUUAUUAUUAUUAAAAUGCUCCCAUUAAGCAGCGUUGCUUAUCAGACUUCCCUCUGUGUCCCACUUUUAAAAACUGAUUGAGAUUAACCAUUAUACCUUUUUUUUUGUGACCUUAAUUGUGUCAUUUUACCUUGAAAAAGAAAUCAUCUGUUUUUGUUUACAGCUCUGUAUAUUAAUACGUUUUUUGUUUGUUGGUUUUUUUACCUAAAAAAAAGCUAAAAAAAAAUUGUCAGAAACCUGUCCCAGCGUAGAGUUGCCUCUAAAAUCGAUUUGUAGUGUGCGUCUCAUUUUUAGGUUUGUGUUUACCGGUAGACAGAAGUCCUGAGCAGCCGUGGUUGUAGUUUUACUGCUGAUUUAACAUCCACCCAGUCACAUCCUCCGUUGUAUCAAUAUAAUUCUCUAUAAAACCUGA